AAUCUAAAAUUACUUAACGUCGAAAAAAACGAUCCGAAGAAUUAAGCCAGCCUCUCUCGAUGAUAAACAAUAAGUCAAAUAACUACCAUAUAUUGGUCUCCGAGCAGACACGUCAAUUGAAGUCAUGACUCCACGAGUCCAUCGUAAAAGACUUGAGUCCAAUCCUUAAAUGCAAAGAAGAAAACACCAUUUCACUUGUCCUUAUCACAAAAAAUUUAACAAAACCAAACCUCGUAUUUGUUGUUAAUUCUAAUUUAUUCUCUUAAUUCCAUAAUUAAAUGGAGAUCCCAGACCCAUCCUCUUUGUCAUAUCACAACGCUUGUCUCCUCCAAGCAUGUCUCAAAUCCAAAGACCUCUUAGCCGGAAAAUCGGUCCACGCCCGAAUAAUAAAAUCUGGGCUUCACUUUAGUGUCUUCUUACUGAACAAUCUCAUGAAUCUUUACUCCCGAACCGGGUCCUUUCCCGAUGCUCACAUCUUGUUCGACGAAAUGCCUGUGAAAACCAUUUUCUCAUGGAACACCCUUUUAUCAGCUUAUUCCAAACAGGGUAAAAUGGCUGAAGCUACUGAAAUUUUUCAUAAGAUACCGAAUCGUGAUUCUGUUUCGUGGAGCACGAUGAUUGUGGGGUGCAAUAAAAUGGGUCGUUUUGAAAGUGCUAUAAAAGUGUUCGGUAAAAUGAUUAAAGAACGAGUUACACCAACGCAGUACACGAUUACUAGUGUUCUUGCAUCAUGUGCUGCUAUUGAAGCUUUAGAUAUUGGUCGAAAGGUACACUCUUUUGUUGUUAAGUUUGGGCUUAGUAGUUAUGUUAGUGUAGUGAAUUCUUUGUUAAAUAUGUAUGCUAAGUCUGGUGAUCCGAUUAUGACAAGGGUUAUUUUUGAUAGGAUGGGAUAUAGGGAUACAUCGAGUUGGAAUGUUAUGAUUUCGUUGCAUAUGCAGCAUGGACAAGUUGAUCUUGCACAUGGACAAUUUGAAAGGAUGAGUGAGAGAGAUAUAGUGACGUGGAAUUCGAUGAUUGCAGGUUACAAUCAACAUGGGUUUGAUAACGAUGCUCUGGGUACAUUUGGUAAUAUGCUGAGGGAUUCUUUGUUGCUUCCUGAUAAAUUCACGUUUAUUAGUGCAUUAUCAGCUUGUGCCAAUCUUGAGAUGUUGAAACUUGGGAAACAAAUCCAUGCUCGUAUUGUUAGCACCAACUUGGAUACAUAUGGGCCAGUAGGAAAUGCCUUGAUCUCAGUGUAUGCAAAGUCUGGUGGGGUUCAAAUUGCUCAAAAGAUUGUAGAGCAGAGUGGGAUUUCACGCCUUGAUAUUAUUGCAUUUACAUCCUUGCUGGAUGGAUAUAUUAAGCUUGGAGAUGUAAAACCAGCUAGACAGAUCUUUGACUCAUUGAGAGACCGUGACGUGGUUGCAUGGACUGCCAUGAUCGUUGGAUACUUGCAGAAUGGCUUGAAUAGUGAUGCAUUGGAGCUUUUUAGGUUAAUGGUUAGAGAUGGUCCAAAACCAAACAACUUCACUCUGGCAGCCAUGUUGAGUGUCAGUUCAAGCUUGACUUCAUUGAGUCAUGGCAAACAAAUUCACGCAAGUGCCAUAAGAACUGGACAAGCAUCCUCGGUUUCUGUGAACAAUGCUCUAAUUACCAUGUACGCUAGAACUGGAAGCAUAAAUUGUGCUAGGCAAGUAUUCAAUCAGAUACAUUGGCUUAGAGAUACCGUAUCUUGGACAUCCAUGAUAAUGGCUCUCGCUCAACAUGGCCUUGGAGAAGAAGCCCUUGAGCUCUUUGAAAAGUUGCUGGCAGCUGGAAUUAAGCCUGACCAUAUAACAUAUGUAGGCGUGCUCUCUGCUUGUACACAUGUGGGACUGGUAGAACAGGGCCAUAGGUAUUAUAAUAUGAUGAAAGAUUUUCACAAAAUAGAACCAACACUAAGCCAUUAUGCAUUGAUGGUUGACCUUCUUGGGCGAGCUGGAUUGGUACAAGAGGCAUAUGAUUUUAUUGAAAAAAUGCCCAUUGAACCAGAUGUUAUAACUUGGGGUUCACUCCUAUCUUCUUGUAAGGUUUAUAAGAAUGUAGAACUUGGAAAGGUUGCAGCAGAAAGAUUGCUCCUUAUUGAACCCGACAACAGUGGGGCCUACUCUGCGCUAUCUAAUUUGUAUUCGGUUUGUGGAAAGUGGGAGGAUGCUGCAAAAAUUCGCAAGUUAAUGAGGGAAGGAGGGGUGAAGAAAGAACAAGGAAUUAGUUGGGUUCAGAUAAAGAACAAAGUCCAUGUCUUUGGAGCUGAGGAUGGGCUUCAUCCACAGAAAGAUGAAAUCUACAAGAUGAUGGCAAAGAUAUGGGAAGAUAUAAAAAAGAUGGGCUUUGUUCCAGAUAUUGAAUCAGUAUUACAUGACCUUGAGGAAGAAGUAAAGGAGCAGAUGCUUAGACAUCAUAGUGAGAAAUUGGCCAUUGCUUUUGCGCUAAUAAGUACUCCAGAGAAUACCACUGUGAGGAUCAUGAAAAACCUCAGAGUCUGUAAUGACUGCCACUCUGCCAUUAAGUUUAUAUCCAAACUCUUUGGCAGAGAAAUUAUCAUAAGAGAUGCUACUCGUUUUCACCAUUUCAGGGAUGGUUUCUGUUCUUGCCGCGACUAUUGGUAGGUAAUGGAUAGAGUUGGAAACAACUGCAUAGCAAAGAGUACAGUACUGUUUGUUGUCAAAGAGGCUGAUCCUGACAUUAAAAACUAGAUGCUUUUUCACAAGUGAAGUGAGUUCCACCCUGACAGACUUACCUCUAGAGUUCUGCUUCUUGGGCAUCAACACAUGAUUGCAGAGUCGGAUAUUUCGGGCAUCUUGUGGCCUUAAGCAUGUAUAACGUUUGAUUGCACUUGGCUGCUCUAUUUUUAGGAAGGCACAACAAUGUAUUGCUACACUUGCUUUAGUUUGAGGUCUGGAAUUUUUCUUGAAGGAAAUAUCUUUGUCAAGUCAAUCUGCACAGUAUCUGGAUUUCAGAGUAGACGAAAGCAAUGUCUUUCCGAAGUCAAUCUCUGCUGCACAUAACAUAUGGGUGCUUUGUCUCGAAGAAUUACUUCUCGUAAUAGGAUAGGGUAGCUUGCUUGCUCUGACCAAGACUCCAACUUUUGUUUUAUACAUGGUACAUAUUACUUGAACUUAGUGUAAAUAGCCGUGGGAAUGAUCUUACUUCACAAUGACAGUCAACUUCAUUUUGCAUAUAGAGAAAAGAAAAAGAGAAAUCAGAGAAGGCUGAUCUUCUUUACCAUGGUAAUUAGCUAAAUAUCACAGGCAUUCACAUUUCAACCAGUAAAUCAGUAUCUCAUGCGAGAGUAACUUGAUGGAACAUCAACUUCCCAUAGAAAGGAGAAGAAGAAGACAGGUAAGGGACUGGAAAAUUCAUGAAAUCACUGUGUACUAUGUCUUAUGACUGCAAAUUUUUGCUUCACUUUCCCUCAUUUUAACUCUAAUGGGAUUGAA